AUGGCCACCCUACAGCAAGGCGAGAAGCAGCUGUUCGAGAAGUUUUGGGAAGGGACUUUCCGAGCCGUGGCCACCCCCAGGUUGGGGAGCAUCAUCAUGACCAAGAUCACCUCCCGUACCAAGCCCCUGGCCAGCACGGAUGUCCCCAGCUGCCUGCCUCUUCCAACGAAAGUCACCCCUUCUGAAGAGCCACACGAAGCUCAAGACAGCCGCAAGGUCAACGGUUGUGAGACGCAGAAGAACAGCCUGGAAGGCAAAACACACAAAUCGCGCAGACAGUUCGAUGAAAACGCUAACAGAGUGUGCAGAAUACAGAACAGGCAAACGUCCGGGUUGGGUCAAAAAGUCAAGAUGGCCGCCGUGACUCCGAUCUCAAAUUCCAGGUCUGCAACCAGCCUCUUUAAAAAAACAGCUGCUCAGUUGGGCAACCAAAUCAAAGAGAACGGAGAUGCGCACGAAUACGAUUCGGGCAAUGCAACCUCUUCCCCUCCUUCCGUUCAGACCAGCACAUCCAGGUCAAAAGGUAGCCAAGAAACCAAGGUUGAUGCCCCCGAUGGCUUCGGCCAGGCUUUCUCUUCCGGGAAGGCCAGCAGCGUCAGCAGUCCCGAUUCGGGGAAUUCACUGCACAGCUACAGCUCCCAAUCCAAAGGAGCGGUUUUGGAAGAGCCGAGUCCGUCUCCCCGGGAUCUGUGCAAAGAUCAAAACAGGUCAUCUCUGGACUCUAGCCGCUCCGAGCCCUUGCAUCACAAGGUGGGACGCAGAUCUUCACCAAGCCUGUCUUGUAGCUCAUCAAAAUCAAGACUCUCUUCCCGUUCUCCCAGUUACUCCCCUAAGUCCUGCAAGAGAGCGACUGGAAGCAGGAGUUCAAGAUCCCGACGCAGCCCCAGCUAUUCUCAAUAUAGGCCUGGCAGAGGUCGGGAACAAGAUCACAGUUACAGCUCCGGUGGGAAGGAGUCCCACAGGCAUCAGGGCCGGCGGCGGCGCAAAGAAUGCUAUUCCCCCAUGAGGAAGCGUCGGAGAGAUUCUCCCAGCCACUUGGAAGCCCGGCGGAUAACCAGUGCCCGAAAGCGCCCCAUCCCUUACUACAGACCGAGCCCUUCUUCCUCCUCUUCUCCCAGCAGCUCAAGCAUUUACUCCUCGGGGUACAGCUGUCUCGGUUACUCUCCUGCCCGGAGCCGCAGUUACUCCAGCGACAGGACCAGCUGCAGCCGGAGUUGGAGUAGUUACGCCAAGAGCAGCCGAAGCCGGAGUAGCGGAGGGAGAAACCGUGCGCGAAGUAGUAGUAGUAGUAGUAGUAGCAGCAGCAGCAGCCGCAGCCACGGUUCUGCCUCGGUGGGCAGCUGUGACAGUUUGCGGCGUUCGUAG